AUGGGGCUGGACGCGCUCUCCCCGAGGAUGCUCGUGUGGCUGGUGGCCUCGGGGGUCGUGUUCUCCGGGCAGCCGUGGCUCUGCGCUGGCCUCGGGGACGAUGUUUACGCUUCGGAUGGGAGCGAAGAGGACCGCACGGAGAGCCUAGACUACAAGGACCCGUGCAAAGCCGCUGUGUUUUGGGGUGAUAUUGCCUUAGAUGAUGAAGACUUAAAUAUCUUUCAAAUAGAUAGGACGAUUGAUCUUACACAGAAUCCUUUUGGACAGUUUGGACAUACCACAGGUGGACUUGGAGAUCGUGGUGUAUCAAAGAAACGAGGAGCCCUCUACCAGCUUAUAGACAGGAUCAGAAGAAUUGGCUCUGGCUUGGAGCAAAACAGCACAGUUAAGGGAAAAGUACCUCAAAAAUUCUCAGGGCCAAAUGAGAAAAACAGAGUUCCCAGAGCUGCCACAUCAAGAACUGAGCGAAUCUGGCCUGGAGGUGUUAUUCCUUACGUUGUUGGAGGCAACUUCACUGGCAGCCAGCGAGCCAUGUUCAAGCAGGCCAUGAGACACUGGGAAAAGCACACGUGUGUGACUUUCAUUGAAAGAAGUGACGAAGAGAGUUAUAUUGUAUUCACCUAUAGGCCUUGUGGGUGCUGUUCCUAUGUGGGGCGAAGGGGAAAUGGACCUCAGGCAAUCUCCAUUGGCAAGAACUGUGAUAAAUUUGGAAUUGUUGUUCACGAGUUGGGUCAUGUGAUAGGCUUUUGGCAUGAGCACACGCGGCCAGAUCGAGAUAACCAUGUAACCAUCAUAAGAGAAAACAUCCAGCCAGGUCAAGAGUACAAUUUUCUGAAGAUGGAACCCGGGGAAGUGAACUCACUUGGAGAAAGAUACGACUUUGACAGCAUCAUGCACUAUGCCAGGAACACCUUCUCAAGGGGGAUGUUUCUGGAUACGAUUCUCCCCUCCCGCGAUGAUAAUGGCAUACGUCCGGCCAUCGGUCAACGCACGCGUUUAAGUAAAGGAGAUAUUGCACAGGCAAGAAAGCUGUAUCGAUGUCCAGCAUGUGGUGAGACCCUACAGGAGUCCAGUGGCAACCUCUCCUCCCCAGGAUUCCCCAACGGCUACCCUUCCUACACUCACUGCGUCUGGAGAGUGUCUGUGACGCCAGGGGAGAAGAUUGUUUUAAAUUUCACCACGAUGGACCUAUACAAGAGUAGUCUAUGCUGGUAUGACUACAUUGAAGUGAGAGAUGGGUACUGGAGGAAGUCACCCCUCCUUGGUAGAUUCUGUGGGGACAAAGUGCCAGAAGUUCUCGCCUCUACAGACAGCAGGAUGUGGAUCGAGUUCCGUAGCAGCAGUAAUUGGGUAGGAAAAGGCUUUGCCGCUGUCUAUGAAGCCAUCUGUGGAGGUGAGAUACGGAAAAAUGAAGGGCAGAUCCAGUCUCCGAAUUACCCUGACGACUACAGACCCAUGAAGGAAUGCGUGUGGCGAAUAAUGGUGUCGGAGAGCUACCACGUGGGACUGACCUUUCAGGCCUUUGAGAUUGAAAGACAUGACAACUGUGCCUAUGACUACCUAGAGGUUCGAGAUGGAACCAGCGAAAACAGCCCUUUGAUAGGGCGUUUCUGUGGUUAUGAUAAACCUGAAGACAUAAGAUCUACCUCCAACACCUUGUGGAUGAAGUUUGUUUCUGACGGAACUGUGAACAAGGCUGGCUUUGCCGCUAACUUCUUUAAAGAGGAAGACGAGUGCGCCAAAGCUGACCGAGGCGGCUGUGAGCAGCGGUGCCUGAACACCCUGGGCAGCUACCAGUGUGCCUGUGAGCCGGGCUAUGAGCUGGGGCCGGACAGGAGGAGCUGUGAAGCUGCUUGUGGCGGACUUCUUACCAAACUUAAUGGCACCAUCACCACCCCAGGAUGGCCCAAAGAAUAUCCUCCUAAUAAAAACUGUGUGUGGCAAGUGGUCGCACCAACCCAGUACAGAAUAUCUAUGAAGUUUGAGUUUUUUGAAUUGGAAGGCAAUGAAGUUUGCAAAUACGACUAUGUGGAGAUCUGGAGUGGGCUGUCCUCUGAGGCUAAGCUACACGGCAAGUUCUGUGGUGCUGAAGUGCCCGAAGUCAUCACGUCCCAGUUCAACAACAUGAGAAUCGAGUUCAAAUCUGAUAAUACUGUGUCCAAGAAAGGCUUCAAAGCACAUUUUUUCUCAGACAAAGACGAAUGCUCUAAGGAUAACGGCGGGUGUCAGCAUGAAUGCGUCAACACAAUGGGAAGCUACAUGUGCCAGUGCCGUAAUGGAUUUGUGCUGCAUGAAAAUAAGCAUGACUGCAAGGAAGCUGAGUGUGAACAGAAGAUCCACAGUCCAAGUGGCCUCAUCACCAGUCCCAACUGGCCAGACAAGUACCCAAGCAGGAAGGAAUGCACGUGGGAAAUCAGUGCCACUCCAGGUCACCGCAUCAAAUUAGCUUUUAGUGAAUUUGAGAUUGAACAGCAUCAAGAAUGUGCUUAUGAUCACUUGGAAGUAUUCGAUGGAGAAACAGAAAAAUCGCCAAUUCUUGGACGACUGUGUGGCAACAAGAUACCAGAUCCCCUUGUGGCUACCGGAAAUAAAAUGUUUGUUAGGUUUGUUUCUGACGCAUCUGUUCAAAGAAAAGGCUUUCAAGCCACACAUUCGACAGAGUGUGGUGGCCGACUGAAGGCUGAGCCGAAGCCCAGAGAUCUGUACUCGCACGCACAGUUUGGUGACAACAACUACCCGGGGCAGGUGGACUGCGAAUGGCUGUUAGUUGCGGAGCGAGGCUCUCGACUGGAGUUGUCCUUCCAGACGUUUGAAGUGGAGGAAGAAGCGGACUGCGGCUACGACUACGUGGAGCUCUUGGACGGCCUGGAGCCCGCAGCCGUGGGGCUGGGUCGCUUCUGCGGCUCUGGGCCACCAGAAGAGAUCUACUCAAUUGGGGAUACAGUUUUAAUUCAUUUCCACACCGAUGACACAAUCAACAAGAAAGGAUUUCAUAUAAGAUACAAAAGCAUCCGCUAUCCAGAAACCUCUCAUACCAAAAAUUAA